UGUAGGUCUCCUCCUGAGGUGGUGGCGCGAGCACCGGCCGGCCCUUCUGUGGGGAGCUGGCUGUGAGGGGAGGCGGUGGUGACGGCAGGAGUGUGAGGUCGGUGGACAAGCGGCAGUGGGUGCGCACCAGCUCCCGGAGGCCACGGAGGCCGGGGUUGGGUGGGCCGAGCCGCGCAGCCUUGUGGAGUAGCUAGUCAGCAUCGCCGGCGCCUCCGCUCUUUGAAGGAGCAGCUGCAGCUGGAGGGAUAUUAGAAAUGGCUACUCCCCAGUCCGUUUUCAUCUUUGCAAUCUGCAUUUUAAUGAUAACCGAAUUAAUUUUGGCCUCAAAAAGUUACUAUGAUAUCUUAGGUGUGCCAAAGUCAGCAUCAGAGCGCCAAAUUAAGAAGGCCUUUCACAAGUUGGCCAUGAAGUACCAUCCUGAUAAAAAUAAGAGUCCUGAUGCUGAAGCAAAAUUCAGAGAGAUUGCAGAAGCAUAUGAAACACUCUCAGAUGCUAAUAGGCGAAAAGAAUAUGAUACACUUGGACAUAGUGCUUUUACUAAUGGUAAAGGACAAAGAGCUAGUGGAAGUCCUUUUGAGCAGUCAUUUAACUUCAAUUUUGAUGACUUAUUUAAAGACUUUGGUUUUUUUGGUCAAAACCAAAACACUCGGUCCAAGAAGCAUUUUGAAAAUCACUUCCAGGCACACCAGGAUGGUUCCAGUAGACAAAGGCACCAUUUCCAGGAGUUUUCUUUUGGAGGUGGGUUGUUUGAUGACAUGUUUGAAGAUAUGGAGAAAAUGUUUUCUUUUAAUGGUUUUGACACCACCACCAAUCGACAUACAGUACAGACUGAAAAUAGCUUCCAUGGAUCUAGCAAGCACUGUAGGACUGUCACUCAACGAAAAGGAAAUAUGGUGACUACAUACACUGACUGUUCAGGGCAGUAGAUUGUCCUUUUUCUGUUCUCUUUAAACCCAACUAGUUGACUCUUCUUCAAUAUCUUUGAUGCAGAACCAAUUUUUUGUGAACUAUUUUGACAAGUGCAUGAUUUCACUUAACUUGAUAUAGCUCUCAAAUAUAUUUAAAUUGUUUUUGAGAAAUUCUGAACAUUCAGUUAGUAGAGAAAUAGCUAGUUAUUAAUUUCCCUGAUUAGGCAAGGUUCUUUAAAAAAAGAUAUUAUAAUUCUGCCUGGUCUUUUUUCUCUACCUGCCCUUGGGCUUAUUAACAUGACCAGUUUUAUUACCAAGGAAAAAAUGAGUUUGCCUGCCUUUAAAUAUUUAUUUAAAGGUUAAAUUUUAAAAGUUAUUGUAGAUUUAAGUUGUGUGAACUUGAAUGAUUUUUUUGCAGUGAAACCUUUGCUAAUUUAAAAUUGCAUGCUCUGUAGCAUCUCUGACUUGGGUCGCAAAAUGUAUGUGAAACUGUAUAAUUGAGUCGUUCAGCAAAGGAUAGCAAGCAGUAUCUUGGUUAAUUUCCACUGAAAGCUUCAGAAAGGUAUGGUUUAAUAUUUACCAGAGAACCAUGCAGAAGAAUUUGAGUAAAGGAAAUGAUUGUAUUGCUCAUAGUCAUUUACACUCAAAGAAAGUUGAAAACUUAACAUUGUCCAGAGUUUGUUACAUGUUUGGUCCCUGGCUAAUGAUUUUGUAGUGUUGAAAUCAUAGCUAUUUUACACAUCUUUUCACAUUUCUUUCUUAAUUUUUGACGCUCUAAGUCUUAUUAUGGAUUUAUGUAUUUUUGUGUGUGUGUGGUUUUUCUUCUUUGCCCUCCUCUUUAGAGAUUGACUAAUACCUCAUUCUGUUUAUAAAAACAGCCAGUAAUUUCUGUGCAACCUUAUUAUGUGCAAUAUUUUUAAAUCCUAAGAAAUGUGUGCUUUUUUUUCAGAUAGACUUAUUUCUUUAGUUCCGCACUUUUCCGUGUUAUACUCCACAUAAGUAUUAAUCCUAUGGAUACAUAUUAAAACUAGUAAAUAUCUCAUACACCUUUGUGAGAGAAAUAUAAUAUUUACAAUAUGAU